UUCCCUGCAGAGAAACACAAAGUUCACACGCGAGCGGCUUUUGUUGACAUCCUUACCUCUCCCACUCACACUUGACUCGCGCUCGGGAGGGACAACUCGCCUCUUCUCUCUCUCUCCUCUCCCUCUCCCCCUCUCCCUCCUUCUCCCCCCGUUCCUGUUAUCGCCACCGCUGCUCGCUCCGCCGCCGCCGAGCCAGGCAUGCUGAGGGGGCUGCUCUCCCUGCUGCUGGCCGCCCAGCUGUACCUCGCCGCGGCCCAGCCGCCGGCACCUGCCGCCGGAGCCCGGCCGCCGCCGCCGCCUCCCCCGUCCCGUCGUGGCCCUCCCCCGGGGCCGCCCCGCGGGGCCAGCGGCGUCGUGCGGCGCCUCGACCCGACCUACGCGGGGGGCGGCAGGGCGGGCUACGUCCUCUACGCCGGCGGCCGCCGCUUCCUCCUCGACCUGGAGCGCGACGAGGCGCUGGGGCCGCGGGACGGGGCCCCGGCGCGCUGCUCCUACCGCGGCACGGUGGACGGCAGCCCCCGCUCCCUCGCCGUCUUCAACCUCUGCGGCGGCCUCGACGGCUACUUCGCCGUGGGGCGCGCCCGCUACACCGUGAGGCCGGCGCGGCGCGGCGGGGAGGCGGCCGGCAUCUACGGGGAGGGCCCGGCCCGCGUCCCCCACCUCUUCCGCAGGGACCGCUUCAGCUUCCAGGCGCUGCCCGCCCGCCACAGCUGCGGCACCCGCGACGCGAUGGCUGUCGAGGGGGCGGCGGGGGGCGGCCGGAGGCGGCGGCGGCGCCGCUCCGUCUCCCGGGCCCGGCAGGUGGAGCUGCUGCUGGUGGCCGACGCCUCGAUGGCGCGCAAGUACGGCAAGGGGCUGCAGCACUACCUGCUCACCCUGGCCUCCAUCGCCUCCCGGCUGUACGCGCACGCCAGCCUGGAGAACCACGUGCGGCUGGCCGUGGUGAAGGUGGUGGUCCUGGGCGAGAAGGAGAAAGGGCUGGAGGUCAACCGGAACGCCGCCACCACCCUCAAGAACUUCUGCAAGUGGCAGCACCAGCACAACCGCCUCGACGAUGACCACGAUGAGCACUACGACGCCGCCAUCCUCUUCACACGCGAGGAUUUAUGUGGGCAUCAUUCAUGUGAUACUCUGGGAAUGGCAGACGUUGGGACCAUAUGCUCUCCUGAGCGCAGCUGUGCAGUGAUUGAAGAUGACGGCCUCCAUGCAGCUUUUACAGUGGCUCACGAAAUUGGCCACUUGCUUGGUCUUUCCCAUGAUGACUCCAAAUUUUGUGAGGAGAACUUUGGCUCCAUGGAAGAUAAGCGCCUUAUGUCCUCCAUUCUGACUAGCAUUGAUGCUUCCAAACCCUGGUCCAAGUGCACUUCAGCAACUAUAACAGAGUUUUUUGAUGAUGGUCAUGGUAACUGUUUGCUGGACCAACCAAGAAAGCAGAUCCUGGGCCCCGAGGAGCUUCCAGGACAAACCUACGAUGCCAUUCGUCAGUGCAAAUUGGCAUUUGGAUCCGAAUACACAGUGUGUCCCGGUAUGGAUGUGUGCUCUCGCCUGUGGUGUGCAGUUGUUCGUCAAGGUCAGAUGGUUUGUCUGACUAAGAAGCUGCCUGCUGUGGAAGGGACACCAUGUGGAAAAGGGAGGAUAUGCCUCCAGGGAAAAUGUGUUGACAAAACCAAGAAAAAAUACUACUCGGCAUCAAGCCAUGGUAACUGGGGGUCAUGGGGACCUUGGGGACAGUGCUCCCGUACCUGUGGUGGAGGCGUUCAGUUUGCGUAUCGUCACUGCAACAAUCCAGCUCCUAGAAACAAUGGCCGGUACUGCACUGGCAAGAGGGCCAUCUAUCGCUCCUGCAAUGUUGCACCCUGCCCAGCAAAUGCUAAAUCUUUUCGACAAGAACAGUGUGAAGCAAGGAAUGGCUAUCAGUCUGAUGCAAAGGGUGUCAAAACUUUUGUUGAAUGGGUACCCAAGUAUGCUGGAGUGCUUCCUGGAGAUGUUUGUAAGCUCACCUGCCGAGCCAAAGGAACUGGCUAUUAUGUGGUAUUUUCUCAAAAGGUAACUGAUGGUACUGAAUGUCGACCGUACAGUAAUUCGGUCUGCGUCCGGGGAAAAUGCAUCCGAACUGGUUGUGAUGGCAUCAUCGGUUCAAAGCUCCAGUAUGAUAAGUGCGGGGUGUGUGGAGGAGACAAUUCCAGCUGCACAAAGGUCAUGGGAACCUUUACCAAAAAGAGUAAGGGCUACACAGAUAUAGUGAAAAUCCCAGAAGGGGCAACUCACAUCAAAGUUCGGCAAUUCAAGGCUAAGGACCAGAGCAGGUUUACUGCCUACCUGGCCCUGAAAAAGAAAAACGGUGAGUAUCUUGUCAAUGGAAAAUAUAUGAUCUCCACUUCAGAAACAAUCAUUGACAUCAAUGGGACUGUCAUGAACUAUAGUGGCUGGAGUCACAAAGAUGAUUUCUUGCAUACGAUGGGACACUCCGCGACAAAAGAGGUUCUUAUUGUGCAGAUACUUGCGACUGACCCAACUCAACCCGUGGAUGUCCGUUAUAGUUUCUUCGUGCCAAAGAAGCAAGGGCAAAUGACUAACUCUGUCACCAGCAGUGGCAGCAACAGCAAAGUAACUCCACAGCUCAUGCAACCCCGGUGGGUUACGGGGCCGUGGCUUUCUUGUUCUCGAACAUGUGACACAGGAUGGCACACCAGGACUGUCCAGUGCAAAGACGGGCAUGGAAAACUAGCUAAAGGAUGUCUUCUCUCUCAGAGACCAUCAGCAUUUAAACAGUGCUUGUUGAAAAAGUGUUAACCUGUGGUUGUGAUCUUCUUUAAAAGAGGUUUGAUGAAGCCAUUGUUGACAUACUGGUAUUAGGUCUGCCCAGACAGAGAGAAGCAAAGGCUUCAAUGUACUUACAUAUAGUCUCAAAUUAUGGGCAGAAUCUGCCUAUUUGGACCAAAUGAAGAUGUGCACUGCUUUAAAAAAUAGUAGGGUGAUCUUAAUAUGCCAAAAACCUAAGCAUUAAAGUUGUUAUAAGCCCUCUGCGUCUGCAAAAAUAUAAAAUAAAAUAAUAAAAAAGAAGAAAAACUAGUGAAUGGAGGAUCCUGGGAUAUUUGAAGGUUACAGAAUCAUCUCCCCCUUUUUCACCUACCUCUAAUACAGUAUGUCCUUAGAAAAUGUCACAUGUACCCAUGAUACCACAGUAGCUUAUUUUAUGCUGUUUUGUAAAUAUAUUUGAUUUGGUAUGUCACUUUAUAUCACUUGGUUCUAUUAAAAAAACAUCAAAAGACAAACUAUAUAAGCAAAGUGAUUGACCAAAGUAUAUCUGCAGCCCUGUGGACUUGGUCGAGUCUUCAGAAAUGGCUGCAGAUGUUUUACUGGAAAAUGAAGAGCUUGCUGCUGGUUUUAAAAAGUAAUACCUUUUGGUUUUGACAAAAGGAAAUGCAUUUUUGUUCCAGGAAUUUCCUGACAGCAGAUCAUAAUUCUGACAAAUACUGUGUUUCCACCAAGAAAUUCUCAAAAGGAGCAUUGCAGCAGUUCACAGACCAGGGAUCCCCACAAGUACAUUGCUCAAAUACCAGCACCAUCAGCAGCUCCUUACUAUGUGUAUGUCAGAUAGCAGGAGGUUUUGGCUGCUAGAAAGAAUGUGUGUACCUUUGACUUGGUAAACCUUCCAUUAGCUCCAGCUGUGUCACAGCACAGGGUCCUUCUUGUCGAUGAACAAUAGCUGCUAGUUCCUUCUUUCCAUAAAACAAAGGCAUACUGUAUUUUGUAGAAACUAGUUAGAGAACCAAAAAUUACAGGUAAGGUAAACAAGUGUUUUCUAACUCAGAUAUUCUGAGGCUGUAUACAACUGCUUUCUCUGUUAUUUUCUCUAUGGCUUCCACCUUGAAUCUAACAAUGUGUAAUGUACCUACAUCUUUUGAAGAGGCUAUAAAGGUCAAAAAACACAGCAAGCAGUUAAUAUUUUAUCACUGUUUUGUCCAUCAUGUCUAACUCUGGUAUUCAUCUUACCAGCAAAAGUUUGUAACUAUUUGUCUUUUUGUUUGUUGAUUUUUUUUGUUUUUAUUUUUUUUUAAGCUGUAGAAGUUAUUCAUAUUUUGUAUAUCUACCACAUUUGGGAGGAAGAGGGGUCAUUAGAAAGUCAAACCACAUCAGGAUGUGGAGGACUUACCCAAUAUCAAUAAGACUGUUUCCACAGUACGGGCAGUAGCUAGUAAUAAUUUUCUUUGGCAGCAGCUUCUGAAUCCCAUUAUUGUCUGGUGGAAGUUGUGUGACCGAGGAAGGGUAUUUCAACAUAUGCAGGUUAACAGGUGGAGGCUUGACACCAACCCUGUUAGAAUUGCUUCCUUUUUAUCAUCAGGUUUUGAAUAAAGCUCUAGAAUAACAGGUACCAAAAGAAAUGGUCAUGAUCUGCUAAUGAAAAUAGAAGCCCAUCUGUCUUUUAUUUUUCAAUUCAUCCACCCAGGAGAAUGUGAAACUGUAGGAGCAUUUUCAGACACAGCUGUGAGUCAGUGGUACUUGAGCACUGAACUUCCCUAGACUCUUCUAGGAAAAAUCCCAGUCAUGAAAUCAGUAAAAAAACAUGUUGGUUUGUGUAGCGAGAAGGUCAGAUCUCACUCCAGGCGGACAUAAACAUGUUUUUGCAACUGUGGUGUGUUUGUGUGAAUUCUAGAAAGCAUGUGAUGAUUUAAAACAGCAUAGAGUUGCUACAUCUACCAGUAUGAAACUGGAGAAAUAUCUGUUUUUGUACUCUAUUACAAGUAAACAGGAAUAGAGUUAGGGCCUCAUCCUCCCUAAAACUGAAUUACAAAGGAAUGUUACUAGUCAUCGUCAGCUUUCAAGAAUGGUGUGACCUAAUAGAAAGAAGUAGUCCUAUAAAAAAACAUGGGUCUUGAGGAAAAUUCCCCUGUUAAUAACUGAUGUCAUUCUAAUAACUUAGAUCAAGGCUCUGAAUAUUUGCAAACUUCUGGAAAGUUAAGAUUUUUGCCUCCUCUACCUAUUACCAUGUUUGAAAUGUCUUAUUUUCAUUUAAAGUAAUCUGAUUUUUAUACUUAUAUAUAUAAACACAUGUUCCAGAACCUCUCACGAAAGUUCAUAAUAAGUAGAAACCAUCAGGAGAGGAAAAAUAAGGAGAUUUAAUGUGCAUAGACUUAAUAUUUUGUCUUGGCAUACAGCUGCUUUAUUAAGUGGCAUUUAUUUUUCCUGUGUUUUAUCAGAAUAGAGAGAGAAUGUACAAGUAUUUGUGUUUGCAUCAUAGUAAUAAUUUAUUAUAUAGUGAAUGAAAUGAGUAAAGCUUUUGGAUGCUACUCAGAUUCCAGAAGAAUAAUACCAUAAGCUGGUAUAAAUUUAAAGCUUUCUUAGAUCAAGACUAUCUUUUUCAUAGAAAGAUUAUUUAUAAAAAUUAAAUAAAUAUGGGAACUAAAGAAAGCAAAUAUACGUGCAAAAGAAGUUUCCUUUAUAUGGUGAGAGGGCAAAGGGGACAGACAAAGGAAACAAUCCUAAAAAUGCAAGAUGAACUAGACCAGGCUGCUCUAUUUAACACUUGCUUUUUAGCUGAUCUUUGUAAUCAGACUCCAAUUCCCAACCUUGCUUUUUUCAGUCAUAGCUAUUUCAUGUAACUGAUGAAUGAAAAAUUGAUGCAAGGUAUGUGACUUUGUCAUUUCAACUUGUGUUCCAAACUAAAUUCUUUGUUGGUCACACUGUUACGUCAUUGCUUAUAUUACUACAACGUCAUGCCAAACAAGAUUCAUAAAAUGCUUCCACUGGAUAGAGACACUGUCUAAGAAGCCCAGAGUAUUACUCUGUGCAUGGAAAUAAACAAUAGUCAGUGUUGAACUCACUGCAGGCUUUUGGGGACACAUCUCCACAAUGCCUUAGGUGGAGUUGGUCCCCUUAGAAUCUGUGUUGUUUAGAGCAUCUGCUUUUCAAAUAUGACAGCCUCAUUAGGAAAAAGCCUAUCAUCUAUGGUUUGUCUGUAUACCUGAAAUUCAAUUUAGCUGCCCUCCUGUGGAAACAGUUUUAUCACAAGGGAGAGAGGGAAUAAUCUUGUGGAUUAAUCACAAUUGUUUAAAAAAAAAAAAAAAGAAAAAAAAAAGCAACACAGCACUGAAAAAAAUAAAAUAAUUUAUUGUUUUUACAACUGGUAUGUGAACGGAUGUAAUGAAUUUAUUUAUUCUUAUUUAACAAAAAUACCAAUUGUGCAAAUUCUAUAUUUAAAAUGUUUACUAUCGUCUCUGUCUCUCUCUUUCUUGCUCUCUCUAAUUUAUGCUUCAAAUUUCUGUUGAAAGUACACCUUGUGAGUUUACAUAAUGUAUGGCACUGGUUAUUUUUUGUUUGUUUUUAUUUAGAAAGCUUUCUUCAUGAAACAGGAGUAUAUGUGUAUACGUGUGUGCACACUGUAUAGAUGUAUAUUCUUUUUUCUGCUACUACCUUUCUUAGACAAGUUGUAGAUUUCUAAGUUUGUGACACCUCAUGCUCAAACGCUCAAAGGAGCUUUGUUACACUUCAGCUCUAAAAUCUCUCAACUAGCAAGUCAUAGAGGUCUGUGGAUCACUAAAAAAAAAAAAAAAAAAAAAAAAAAAAAAAAAAGAUACAGGCUCCUAAAGCGAUCAGACAACAGACUCCAUAAAAGUGCAUGCAAUUCUUGUUACGCACCUCGGUAAUUUACCACUGAAGGUGGUAGGAGUCUUACCAUUUGCACCAGUGGGAGCAAGCUCAGGCUUGUAGUGAAUUGGAGUCCUCCAUAUGUGAAUGAGGUUUCUCUGAGUUUUCAGGGUGGCAAGCGAGUAUUCUCUCAUGCAGCUUCUUCUAUUUAAGGGAAAACUCUGCAGAGAAAUUCUUUUGUGUGCCGCUCUGAAAAUAUAGCUGAAAUUAUGUGUGAUUUGGUUUAUGAAGACUGAACCGUUAAAAAUGCUACCUUUUCAGUCUUUUCACUAUUUAUAUACUUGCAUACGUAUUUAUCUGUAGCUAUAAAAAGUUAAAAGCACAAUUUGGGAGGCUUUGCAAUGUUUUGCUUCAUUGUACUCCAGCUCUUCACACCACGUCAGGCAAAGUUAGACACUAAAAUCCAGCCAAGCAUGCAUUCCAAGUAUUUCCUUGAAAAUAAUGGUAUCUGCUUACUUCCACUUUUCAUCCAGUCCAAAUUCUGCUGAACUCAAGGAAACUUGCACUGGACUCAUUGUGAGGUAAAAAAUGCAAUAUAGAUAAACCCAUAAAAUCAAUUUAUUUAACAAUACAAAUUAUUUCUGUAACCACUUCACUGUAAGGACAGUACUACAGACAGCAAUCUAUUUCAAAUGACCAAAAAGUAUCUUUCUCAUCAGUGCCCAGAUUCACACAAGUUAAAUUCCAGCUCAGCCUCUGUGCCCACUGUUUGCUGCCGUCAAGGCACUACCCAAGACCCUGAGCCAGCCACAAGGCUUUAGAUAAAAUUACGAGAACCAAUGGGUAAUGGCCUCCCUUAAGACCCACUCCAAAAUGCCAGGAAAUGACAGUAAGCCUCAACUUUGAUAAUCUUUAGGGCAGGCCUUAAAUAGGAUUCGUAAGGAUGAAACAUUAAUAACGGUGGGUUUUCAGCAAAACGUUUAGGUGACUGUUUUUUCUCGUGUUCAUGAAUGCUGUGCUGUUCUUUGUCACUGAGGAAGAUGGAGCCUACGGCAAGAGCCAAAAUUAGAUUCUCCGAGCAUGGACUGCAAUUUUCAGGGAAAAAAAAAAAUAAGAAAAAAAAAAAAAGUUGCUGAUUUUGAGGCGUUUGUUCCUUUUUUUAAUUAACUGAUUAGUUUUUAUAGAGUUGUGAGAGUACAUCAUUGCAUUCAUACUUAUAAUUGGUAACAUUUUCAAGACGGCUUUUUUGUUCUUUUGUUUUUUGUUUUACUCUGGGUACACUGAAUGCUAGCUUGUAUAGUAAAGGUAGUUCAACAUUCUUGUUUCAAAAAACAUUGCUAGUGCAGAUGUUUAUCAUGUGUAGUGGUAAUGACUCUUAACCUGAGACAACUUAUCAGAUACUCAGCUGGCAUCACAAUAUGUAGCUCUGGAGUAGCUCUGCCAGUUUUCAGUGACAACAUACAAACACUGAAAAGCCCCAAACACCUUGUUAAUCUUCUAGGUAAAUGUCUGCAAAACUUCUCUCCAGAUACCCUGUACCAAACAUCUUGAUAGUGGCCAGCCACUCUGCAUGGUACAGAGUUACAGAUCAAAACCAAAACUCACAAUGUUGUUUGCCCUGAAAGCUGUCUGCAGAGGUUCACAGUAGCUGUAAGGACACUAAAAACAUUUCCACAUAUGUCAGCUAGAAUCUUGCAUAGUCUGUGUUGAAACGCAUAGGUGGACACAUAGAACUUAGCUAUAGCUAAAUGGAAAUGUAUAUUUUUGUAUGUGUGCUUGCAUAUACUUGUGUAUGUAUAAACAUGUUCACAUACGUAUACACAUGAACAAGUAUUUGGGUCUCCAUUAGUCCCAUUCACAGGGCAAAAUACGUAGGUAUAACUAACACCAGUGCAACUAAAUUCAGAGUAAUUUUUUACAUCAUUUGGCUUUGCAGGAGCUGCUUCAGACAUAUACCACUUUAAGUGAAAACAGUUUCUCUUGUACUUUAUAGGAACUGGUUUACACAAUUUAUCAUAUGAACUGUGAAGUUUUCUAAUAGUUUUAUCGUAUGAAACUUACUCCUUGACAGUCAAGCUUAUAUGCAUUGCUAAAAUCUCAUCAGAUACGGGAAAUAAUACACUGUAUUCAAGUAAAUUGGAGACAGUGCGUACCCCUGUAUAGCAAUAGAUAUACUUAAUUUCUAUUGUGAGGUCAUUGCCUAACAUCAGAUAAAAUUAGAGAGGUAUUCUAGGGAAGACUAACAGGAAAGCACAACCUUUAUUUUUUCUUAGUUUAUUUCAUGUGCCUCUUUGUACACUCUAUUGGUGUCAACAUAUUCUGGAAAGUGUCACUUUGUGCAUUAUAGAUAACUUGACUGAAAUACCGGUACCCUUUGAAAACUAAGAUGUGUCACAAAACUUUUUUUCAUUCUAAUUUGUGUCUAAUCAAAGAGAAUUAACAUUUUUAGAGCACUACUAUGUCAGCCAGUUUACACCAUAAUUAAUAUGUUAUGCAAAACAAAUUCAUUUGAACUGAAUUGUACAAAGUCUACACUGUACUAUGACACAUUGAAGGCCAAUAUUUUGUUUUGUAAACUAUUACAUAUGUAUAAUUUACCAGUUGUAAUCUUAAAACAUUUGAUUCUGUGAUUUCAGUAAAAGUAAUAAAUAUAAACUGUAUUAUA